AUGGCCGUUCCGGACCUCCUCCACGAGUUUGAACUAGGUGUUGGCAAGGAGAUAUUCAUACACCUUAUCCGUAUUUUGAACGCGUAUGACCCUGCCAAGCUGCAGCAAUUAAAUGACAACUAUCGUGCUGUUCCAACUUAUGGCCGCAACACUAUCCGUCGGUUUCCAAAACGUGUUUCAGAUAUGAGGAAGCUAGCUGGGCGCGACUAUGAGGACAUUAUCCAGUGUGCAGUUGCCUGUUUCGACGGCCUUCUUCCCAAAAAGCACAAUACUGUGGUGCUGGACCUUCUAUUCGAGCUUGCUACAUGGCAUGGGUUAGCCAAGUUACGUCUUCACACAUCCACUACCCUUAAUGCCCUGGAGACCUCCACUACCCGACUCGGGCAGAGAAUCCGCCGGUUUAUUUCUGUUACUUGCAGUGCAUUUGACACCCGGGCCCUUCCAAAAGAGAUCCUCGCAAAGGCAAAACGACGAGCCAAGGCUCAAUUAGGGAGGUAUGGCACCACUGAUGGAUACUCAACGCAGACGGGCGAGUGCGAGCACCGGCGUGUAAAAAAGCUGUAUGAAAAGUCCGAUCGCCGUGAUUACACGCAAGGGAUUGCCAAGCUCCAGCGACGCGAGCGUAUUAUGCACCAGUUCAGAGCAUCUAGAAAGAAGGGUCAAGCCAUGAAGACGAAAGGCGAGCCGCUGAAAGGUGUUAGGGCAUCAGUCGACUUCGAUAUAGAUGAACCCUUACCCGAUGGCGCUCCCGAUCUCCCCUACCAGAUGUCGCAUGAAACCAAACGCGCCGGGACAAUCCGAAUGACCCAGCCCUUGAGGACUUUCUAUCGGGAUCUACUCACGCACCUGCGUUUGCGCCUCAUGGGCCUCCCUUAUGACGGUGACGAUGAACACCAGUUCACCGAUGAGGAGCUCGCCCAGGUCAUUAUUGUUGAUGACAUGCUCUUCCGCCACAAGGUCCUUCGAAUCAAUUACACAACAUAUGAUAUGCGACGAGAUCAAGACUCACUAAAUUCCGGACGACACGCUGACAUCAUGGUCCUUGCCCACGAGAAUUCGGACACUUCAUACUGGUUUGCCCGGAUUUUGGGUACAUUCCAUGUUCGAGUGCUGUACACUGGACCUGGUGCACCACCAGGGCCUGCACGAGAGCGCACCAUGGAUUUUGUAUGGGUACGAUGGCUGGCCAAGGCAGCUGACUACGAGGGAGGGUGGGCGAAGAAGAGGCUUCCCCGAGUAGGUUUCAUCAACCCCAAGAAAGACGACUCACCUGCGUUCGGCUUCCUGGACCCCAAGCACAUCAUCCGAGGAGUGCAUCUCAUUCCUGUUUUUGGAAAGGGAAGGUCAAGCAACGGAAUGCGGAAUACCAUUGCGAGGCCCGAGACCGACAAUGGGACUGACUGGAACUAUUUUCAUGUCAACAUAUUUGUUGAUAGGGACAUGAUAAUGAGGUUCCGGGGGGAUGGGGUAGGCCAUAUUGCAACCCACGAUGCAACGAAGGCACUGCUGAGGGACCGUGAUGCGCUCGACAUCCCCCCAGACCCCGGCACAGAGUCUAGUGGUAGUAGUCAGGGCAUGGAAACAGGGAGCCCGGAAGAGGAUGAAGAGAUGGAUGCUGGAGAGGAUGAGGAUGACAAUGAAGAAGGCGAUGAUGGCGAAAACGAAGACGACGAUGGCGAAGACGACGAUGAGGAUGAGAGCGAAGAUGAUGAUGAGGAUGAGAGUGAAGACGACGAUGGUGAUGACGACGACAGUGAGACCAGUGAUGGUGACGGUGGCGACAGCGGGGAAAGCGACCAUGGCGAUGACACAGGACAGGAAUCUGGAACAGACGAGGGAUCUUGGGAUGGCGAUGACGACGAUAGGUUUAUUGAUCCAGAUGACCUCGGGGCUGAGGACGGUGAGGACAGAGGUGAUUUACUUGACGAGUUGGAUUAUGCGCCCCUUUGA